AUGGACGGGAGGAUGAAAGGGUACUUGGACCAGCAAGUGCCUUACACUUUCACACACAAACCGCCCGGAAAUGGGACCCUCAGCAGCCGAGCUCUGAUGGGCGCCAGGAGACCCAUGGACCCAGGCUUAGCACCCCCUCAGGACUCGGAAGACCUCUUCCAGGAUUUGAGCCAGUUUCAGGAGACUUGGCUGACAGAAGCUCAGGUUCCAGACAGCGAUGAGCAAUUUGUGCCUGACUUUCAUUCAGAAAACUUAGCUUUUCAUAGCCCUCCUGCUAAAGUUAAGAAGGAGCCACAGAGUCCCUGUUCUGACCCAGCACUGUCCUGCAGCCAUAAGCAGCCAUUUCGGUACCGCAAUGGCGAGCAAUGCCUUUACACCAGUGCCUAUGACCAAACCAGACAAGUUGGACUCAAGUCCCCAAACCCAGGAACCCCGAUACAGUCACCGCUUCAACAUUUCCCUAGGCAGGACAGGAGCUUCCUGAGCCCUCGGGGGCCGUCCCAACCCACAUCCAGCCGUGGAUACCUCAUGGAACACAGCUCCGUCUACCAGCCACCUACGGAGAUGUGCCGUUCCUUCCCCUCCUCUCAGGGCAUGGGCCGAGAAGAUCCAGUUGCCUACCAGCGACAGAUGUCCGAGCCCUGCCUACAGUACCAUCCGCAGGGCUUUAAACAGGAGUACCACGACCCGAUGUAUGAGCAGGCAAGCCAGCUGGGGGGCAGCAGUGACCACCGGUACCCAGCAGGAGUGGUGAUCAAGCAGGAGCAGACAGACUAUGCCUAUGACUCAGAUGUUCCUGGCUGUCCUUCCAUGUACAUGAAUGCUGAGGGGUAUCAAAGCCAUUCAAAUACCGAAGGGACAUUAGGCUAUGGCUACAACAAGCAGAUGAGGCCAUUUGCUGAUGAUGUCUGUGUCGUCCCGGAGAAGUUUGAAGGUCAGAGAGAAACCUGUGUGUCUUCCAAAUCUUCGGGAGACAUCAAGCAGGAAGUGGGCGGGUACCGGGAAGGACCCCCGUACCAACGCCGAGGGUCUCUUCAGCUCUGGCAGUUCCUGGUGGCUUUGCUGGAUGAUCCCACCAAUUCCCACUUCAUCGCCUGGACCGGCAGAGGAAUGGAGUUCAAACUCAUUGAGCCUGAGGAGGUGGCCAGGCUGUGGGGUAUCCAAAAGAACCGGCCAGCCAUGAACUACGACAAGCUGAGCCGGUCCCUUCGCUAUUAUUAUGAGAAAGGCAUCAUGCAGAAGGUUGCUGGAGAGCGCUAUGUGUACAAGUUUGUGUGUGAGCCUGAAGCCCUUUUCUCCCUGGCCUUCCCUGACAAUCAGCGGCCAACCCUGAAAGCAGAGUUUGACCGGCAGAUCAGCGAGGAAGACACUGUUCCUCUCUCCCAUCUGGAUGAGAACACGGCUUACAUCCAGGACCUUGGGAGCCUCCCUUCCCAGCCUUACAGCAAGAGCUACCCCUAUUAA